AUGUUUCCUUCCGUUCACACUUUCUACGGAAUUCUUCCUCAACGCACCGGCGAUGCUUAUGGCGUGGACAGUGAUUACCAUACAAAAUUCGACGAAUUUGCGGCAGAAAAAGGCUAA